AUGAUCUCACCCAAGUAUUCUACAACCCAUUAUUCGCUUGGAAUUAAGGCAUUAUCCACUGCCAAGAGCGCACCUCAUGUAGUGAAUCUUUUUUUCGAUUACAAUUGCCCAUUCAGUGCCAAAUUAUAUCUCAAAUUGUACAAUAAGGUAAUUCCCGAGUUGCAAAAAACUCACCCAGAUAAAUUUCAAUUCGUUUAUAUCAAUGUCGUUCAGCCAUGGCACACCAAUUCUACGUUGUUAAAUGAGUUUGGCUUGGCAUAUGCCAAAGUUUUGAGAGAGAAAAACAUCGACGACAGCCAGAAGCUAUUUUGGGAUUUCAACAAAGUGGUUUAUCAAGACAAAGAACAAUUCUACGACAAUUCAACCAUCGAGUUAACAAGAAACCAAAUCUAUGAGAAAAUAUACGAUGUUGUUGCCAAGGAUUUAGAUUUGAAAGUGGGAAAAGAUGAUCUCUUAAAAGAGCUUUUGAUCAAGUCCGGAGGCGAGCCAGAUAAUGCAGGAAAUGGAGCAACUGCAGAUGUGAAAUACUUUACAAGAAUUGUUAGAAACACAGGCAUCCAUGUUACUCCGACAGUUACCGUGGAUGGAGUUGUUGAUGAUUCAAUUUCUAGCGGUACAAGCGAAGACGAAUUAAUUAAAGUAUUUACAGCAAAGUUGUAG